AUGGGUAUUGAAUUCGCAGCCACCGAUGAAGAUUCAGGCAAAGUAUCCCCCGUGGAAAACUCGUGUACAGAGCCGAUGGAGGUAGCUUCUGCUGGAAGCAAAAGGUUAAGCGAACCGUUCUUCUUGAAAAAGAUAUUGCUUGAGAAAUCUGGCGAUACCAGUGAGAUGACUACAUUGGCUACGUCAGUUCAUGCCGCUAUGGUAGAGUCUGGGUUUGUUCUGUACAAUCAUGGCUCUGAUAAGUUUAGCUUCUCAAAAGAGUUAUUUUCGGUAUCCCUUAGGUACACUCUGCCUCAGUCUGACAAACAAGACUCUUGGAGCGAGGUCUUCAUGUUCUGGAGAAUGGUGAAAGAUGGUCUUGUUACUCCGUUGUUGAUUGGUCUCUGCGAGAAGUCUGGCUUGGAACUUCCACCGUGUUUGAUGCGCCUACCAACAAAGCUAAAGAUGAAGAUACUAGAGUCGCUUCAAGGAGCGAGUGUUGCGAAGAUGGCCUGCGUUUGUAAAGAACUGAUGUAUGUAGCUUCACACGAUGACUUUUGGAAACAGAGGUGCUUGGACGAAGCUAAGCUUCCCGUUAGAUAUGGAUGCGGUGAUUGGGUUAAUUGGAAGGCGAAAUUCGCCGUUUUUUGGAGGCAUCACCGAGGAGCCUUACGAAACGAACACAUUACCGCGAUGUUACACAGAUAUUGGUCUAGUCAACCGGCAAGUUUGCUUCCACCAGGAUGGGAACAUGGUCUUGGCAGGGCUGGUUUUGAGUCCUAG